AUGGCGCAAACAGCGGGCUCAUACAACAACCCCCUGAAGAAAUUCAAACUAGUAUUUCUGGGCGAACAGAGCGUGGGCAAGACAUCUCUCAUCACACGAUUCAUGUACGAUUCGUUCGACAACAUGUACCAAGCAACAAUAGGAAUUGACUUUCUUUCAAAAACAAUGUACCUCGAGGAUCGGACAGUGCGCCUACAGUUAUGGGAUACGGCAGGACAAGAGAGAUUCCGGAGUUUGAUCCCAUCAUACAUUCGAGAUUCAAGCGUAGCCGUGGUGGUGUAUGACAUAUCAAACGCCAAAUCGUUCCAGAAUACACGCAAAUGGGUGGAUGAUGUACGCGGAGAGCGAGGAAACGACGUGAUAAUUGUCCUGGUUGGAAACAAGACCGAUUUGAAUGACAAACGAGAGGUCACGACACAGCAAGGUGAAGAGGAAGCAAAGAAGAACAGCUUGAUGUUUAUCGAGACGAGUGCAAAGGUUGGCCACAACGUCAAGAAUUUGUUCAAGAGAAUAGCCCAGGCUUUGCCAGGAAUGGACGGGGCGGAAGGAAGUGUAGCAGCGGGGAACCAAAUGAUUGAUGUCAAUAUCAACCCAACGCCCCAGAACCAAGAAGGAUGUGCUUGUUGA